UAGAAACACAAAAUCACAAAACAGUGAGAAAAAUCUCAUGAUCUCUGUUUUUUUGUUGAUCUUUUGACCAAUUUGAUCUCACAUGAUUAUUCAAUUGCUGUGCUUCUUCUUGUUCUUGUUUCUGCUUUUACAAGCCACCAUGUCUAAACGUUCUUUCAAGAAUUUUGUGGAACAAGAACUCGGAUCUUUCCCUCAGUUCCUCAUCUACACCGUUCUUGAAUGGGUUCUCCUCACCGUCCUCUUCAUCGACGGUGUUCUCGCCUUUUUAUCAAACCAAUUCGCCAGAUUCUUCGAUCUCAAAACUCCUUGUCUCCUCUGCACCAGAAUAGACCACGUUCUCGUCCCUAGAGAUCCUAAAUUCUAUUACAACGACUCAAUCUGUGACUCUCACAAGAAGAAAGUCUCUUCCCUUGCUUAUUGCCAUGUCCACAAGAAACUCUCUGAGAUAAAACAUAUGUGUGAAGGAUGUCUCCUCUCUUUCGCCACCGAGAAAGAAUCUGAUUGUGAUACCUAUAAGUCUCUCAUUGGGAUCUUACACAAAGAUCUUGAGCUUCUCAUUGACGAUGAACGAGAGCUUCCCUUGGCGUUCAAGAAAGACGACAAUUUUGUUCAGACAACAACAAAUCUGGUGGAUUACAAGACUAACAACAACAACAACACUAAAAAAGAUAGCUUAAAGCAACAUUGUUCGUGUUGCGGAGAAUUAUUGAAGAUGAAAUCUGAGAAGUUGCCGAAGACCAACAACUCUUUCCUUGCUCCUGCUCCAUCUCCUAGGGUUCCUUACAACAAACUGUCUGAAAGCGAAUCUGAGUUCAGGGAUUUGGAUGUGGACAAAACACCGAGUUUUGCACGAGGAGGCAACAAGUUCUUUGGGAUUCCUCUGUCUGACACGGCGCAAAACAGUCCACGAUGGUCCGUUCGAUCUCUCAAGAAAUCAUCUUUGGAUAAGACAGAGAAUGCGUCCUCUUUGGAUAAAACAGAGAAUGCUUCGGACAUGGCAGAUCCAAACGGUGAAUCCAUCCUUCAUCAGCUCAAGAAAGAGGUUCGCUUGGACAAGAAGUCACUGAUCGAUUUGUAUAUGGAGCUAGAUGAAGAGAGAAGUGCCUCAGCUGUUGCAGCCAACAACGCAAUGGCUAUGAUCACAAGACUUCAAGCUGAGAAAGCGGCUGUUCAAAUGGAGGCUUUGCAGUACCAAAGAAUGAUGGAUGAACAAGCAGAGUAUGACCAAGAAGCUUUGCAGUCUAUGAGCAGUGAAUUGGCAAAGAGGGAAGAGGAAAUGAAGGAGCUUGAAGCUGAAAUUGAGGCUUACAGAGAGAAAUAUGGAUGUUUGACUGAUGAUGAAGAGUUUCUUGAAGAAAACGGCAAUGCUAGUGCAAAUGAUGAUUGCCAAGAAACCAAACCAGUCUCUGAUAUUGCUGUUUGUUCUUCAUCUCAUGAGGAGAAUGAAGACAACGUCAAUCGAAAUGGGUCUUGUAAAUCCCAAGAAUCGGACUUUUUAGUAAAUAAGAAAAGUUCAGAGGAGUCUGCCGUGGCAAAUGAUGUCUCUGCAGAGGAAGUAAAAGGGAUUGAAAGCAAAGAAGGGAUAGUAAAAGAGCUUUUAGCGAUCACAGAGAGGCUAAGUGCUCUUCAAUCGAAUGGUGAAUUGUUGAAACAUAUUGCAGAUGUUUUAGAUGUUAGUGAAGGAGAAGCAAUUCUACUGCAGAUAUCUCAGAAUUUGCACAUGCUUCGAAGUUUUGUUGCUAUGCCUUCAGAAUCCAUGAACUUGUAA